AGUGUUCCUAGUAGGGCAGCAAUCCAAGCAGCGAGCCCGCUUCAUCGGCGUACGCGCCAUCCUCGGCGUCAGAAGUCGUGUCUUUCAGGAAAUGCUGUACGGAAUUCAAACUGGUUUCGGAUCACCUCAGGUGCCGGUUGCGGAGCUACUGGCCCGACCGGCUCCAACGCUUCUCUCCCCGCAAAACCUACGGCCCAAGAGCAGUAACUUCCUCCAAGUGCCGGACAUUGAAUCGCCUCGACCGAAAAGUGUUCCCUCGUCACCGAUGGUGAAACGAGCCUUCUCACGCCUCGGCACGAUCACCGCCGGCUGGGGUAGAUCGAUACGAAAGCAGCAGUCGCAGCUGAACGCCGACGACAAGAAGAAAUGGGCCUCCUCACAGGACUGUUCCGAUAAAGAUGGCAAAGAAAGCAGUUCCAAGAGCAAAGCCAACGCAGGCCAACUGGCCGUUCCACGACUGUCGGUUUGCGCCGAUGCACAGAAGGUCGAUCGAGCGAAGCUGGCGCAGACUGAGUUCACGAUCAUCGAGUUCGAUCCGGAAACCUUCCGAGUGCUACUGGACUAUCUACACACCGGCAGUUGCCCGUUGACGUGCAUAUCGAUCCCAGGUCUCAUUUGUGCUGCGGAGCACUACGACCUGCCUGAACUUCUGCAAGCUUGUUUCCACCACGCAAAACAGUUCCUACGGAUAGAUGCCGUCUGUCCGAUGUUGACCGCCCUGGAGAACUACUACUGGCGAUACACAUCUGCCUCGGAGCUGGUCAACAUGAUCCUGGCGUUCGUUGAAACCCGAGCGUACGCUCUGUUCCAGACGGCAGAGUUUCUUACGCUCAGCGAGAGCAUGGUUCAGAUGAUCAUGUGCCGAAACCUGGAAAUACCUGAAGUUCGCAAGUUCGAAGCCAUGCUGGCUUGGGCGAAACACAAAGUGAAAUCCAAAGCAUCAGCCAAGACGGACGCCAAGGUUGAGUUCCGUUGCAUCAUGGAGCGGCUGGCACGGGACCUGAAACUGCACCGAAUCUCACCGCAAGAGCUCAUCAAGAUCGUGCUUCCAUCGAAGGCCAUCAAGAACGAGCGCAUCCUGGAAACGUUGAUGUACCAGGCGAACAGUGGCAUGUACCGGAUACAGGACAGCUAUCUGGAGGCCUGCCAGCAGCGUCUGCAGAAGCAGGACUCUCGCUACAGCGAGUGGGGAGAGAGCUUCGACUGCGGCUUAUAGGACGAGGAUCAGCUGUAGUGAAACAGCUGAUCCUCGUCAUUCCCAGUCCGCACCCCAAGCCGGACUUCGGUCGGUGAACCGUAUUCUUCACUAUCACCCCAGCCAAACAUUACCACGUUAUUGGCGGUGCUGUUGUUGGACGGAGCAACGGCAUCCGCAGCAUUGGGCGCUUCUCCCGAAUCCGUCAUUCGGGUGGACUUUAUUGUUAUGUGUUACGGAUGUGUUCUAGAGAUUCUGUAUAGGGAAAUUGUUGUUCCUUUCUGUUAGAUGUGUGUAUCGCCAGUUGAGAUGCCCAUUAGCGGGCGUUGACAAGGGACGGACAGCAAUCCGAAAGAGUCUGUUGACCGUUAUUGAUCAUGAUGUAGCAAAUUUUAUCAACGUGUAUUUAUCCUCAUGCUCUGCCACGGAUAUUGUUUUCUAAGUUUAGGGCUUACGGUGUGCCCAACGGCUUGUUUUAAGUUUUGGAGUAAAUGUUGAGGACGUUGCAUUCGUUAGUCGUUACGCAAAGUUUAUAGAUCGCAAAGGCAAGGUUACAUUUUCUGAAUGACUGUUGAGUGAAUUGUAGGAUACAGCCGAUGCACACUGCGGUGAAAGUUACGCAUGUUUGGUAUGAAGUACCUGACAUUUCGUACAGAACUGUCGCAGCGAUGUUGCGUGAGCUACCGCACGUGUAGGUCGGCUCUUGAACAGUAGGAAGUAACAGUACAUAGUGGCGAAAGGUAAAUUCUAUUUGUCAAUCGUACCUUAAGAUGUAGGUAUUUAAUGAGCUUGCUGCAGUAGUAAACGAGUCGGUUGAUUGCGUAGAAAAUAAUCUAUUCCUACUUUCUGAAAAUAAUAACUGUUCUUGAUAAAAAAAA